GGGGGCGGCCAUGGCGCGGGGGGCCGAGGGCGGCGCGGCUCCGCCUUCCUCGGCCGGGCGCUGCGGAAGCGAAGGCGGCCGGGGCCGGGUCCCCGUCCCUAUCGGCCCCAGGGAGCCGGGAGGCGGAGCGGAGAGCCCGGCCUGGGCGGCAGCCUACCGGGCAACCAUCGCCGGGGCUCCAUGGAGAAGCGGAGCACCCCGCCGCCGCGGGGCCCGGUGCUGCACAUCGUGGUGGUGGGCUUCCACCACAAGAAGGGCUGCCAGGUUGAAUUCUCCUACCCUCCUCUAAUGCCUGGAGAAGGACACGACAGCCACGGCUUACCAGAGGAGUGGAAAUACUUGCCAUUUCUUGCCUUGCCAGAUGGCGCUCACAACUACCAAGAAGAUACCGUGUUUUUCCAUUUACCACCAAGAUAUGGGGAUCGAACUACAGUAUAUGGUGUCUCUUGCUAUAGGCAGAUUGAAGCAAAGGCAUUAAAAGUACGGCAAGCAGACAUCACCCGGGAAACAGUGCAGAAAAGUGUCUGUGUUCUCAGUCAACUGCCUUUGUAUGGAUUACUUCAGGCAAAGCUGCAGCUCAUUACCCAUGCGUAUUUUGAGGAGAAAGACUUCUCACAAAUUUCAAUUCUAAAGGAACUUUAUGAUCAUAUGAAUAGUUCUUUGGGAGGGACUUCACUAGAAGGGUCACAAGUUUAUCUUGGUCUGUCUCCUCGGGAUCUUGUUCUUCAUUUUAGACACAAGGUCUUGAUCCUUUUUAAAUUGAUUCUUCUAGAGAAAAAGGUGCUGUUUUAUAUUUCUCCAGUAAAUAGAUUGGUGGGAGCUCUGAUGACGGUCUUGUCACUAUUUCCUGGUAUGAUUGAACAUGGUCUUACUGACUGCUCACAGUAUAGACCAAGAAAGAGCGUAUCGGAGGAUGCUGUCUUGCCAGAAAUUACAUCACAGUUAGAUGACUCUGUGUCUGCUGCUGCUACUUCAAAUACAAACUUGGGAAUAGGGAAGGGAGGCAGGAGGAUGGCAAGAAACCAUUCACUGGGAGGUCAAAACACAAACGUGCCUUUCUCCCAGUCAGAGAAGAUUUGCAACGGAGCUCAGUCCUCCAAUGGUACUGUGCAGCACUUGAAAAUUCCUUCCCGCACUUCUCCAGAGUCCUCAGAAGGUGAAUGGGAAACCUUAGAUCCCAGCAUUUUAGAAGAAGCUAAUAUGAAAGAAGGAGUACGUGAAAAUGCAGCAUCAGAACAGGCUGAAAAUCUCCCAAGUGAAUGCAGGAGUUCAGAAACCCUUCCAAUCACUGUGCAGCCCCAAGCAAAUACAGGACACGCAGUGCUUGUUCCAGGACUCGUAUCUGGGUUGGAAGAGGAUCAGUAUGGUAUGCCGUUGGCUAUUUUUACAAAGGGAUACCUUUGCUUGCCAUACAUGGCACUGCAGCAGCAUCAUCUCCUGUCGGAUGUAACAGUCCGCGGCUUUGUUGCGGGAGCCACCAAUAUCCUGUUCCGUCAGCAAAAGCACCUGAGCGACGCAAUUGUGGAAAUAGAAGAUGCUCAUGUACAAAUCCAUGAUCCAGAACUCCGUAAGAUCCUGAACCCUACAACUGCUGACCUAAGAUUUGCAGAUUACUUGGUGAAACAUGUAACUGAGAACAGAGAUGAUGUUUUCCUUGAUGGCACUGGAUGGGAAGGAGGAGAUGAGUGGAUCAGGGCUCAGUUCAGUGCUUAUCUUCACGCACUGCUUGCUGCUGUGCUGCAACCAGACAAUGAGAAGACUUUGUCAGACUUUGGAACACCAUUUGUAGUAGCCUGGAAAAAUACUCACAACUACAGAGUAUGGAAUAGCAAUAAGCAUCCAGCUCUUGCAGAAGUAAAUUCUAGCCACCCAUUCCAGGGACAAUACUCUGUAUCAGAUGUUAAGUUAAGAUUGUCACACUCUGUGCAAAACAGUGAACGUGGAAAGAAGAUUGGAAACGUGAUGGUUUCUACUAGCCGAAAUGUUGUGCAAACAGGAAAAGCUGUAGGUCAAUCGGUUGGAGGAGCCUUCACAAGUGCAAAAUCAGCCAUGUCAUCAUGGUUUUCCACUUUUACACAGUCAACCCAAAGCCUCGGCGACUAGGUGAUCGUUUUGCACAGUGCUGCUGAAUGUUUCAGGUGCAAUGGUUUCUCUGAGCUGUAAUAAGACUGCUCCAAAACGUAGUAGUGGAGACUAACUAUCCAGGACCAAAACAAGGCAUAUGUUGCUUGCAAGCAGAUGUGGAAUGUUAUCAUUCAGUUUCACUAGAAAUAUAGAAUGGUGAGUGUCUCCAUACGAUGGGAUGGCAUUUGCUGUACAUUGGUUGUGUUUAAAAUGAUUACUUUUCUUUAAAUCUGAGCCUUUAUAAAGAUACUAGCAAACAGGGCUUGUUGCAAGCCAAAUGUGUUUGACAUUAGAUUUGUACAUUUUCAUGGAUGUUGAAGAUAUUUAUGUAAAGUAGUUAUAUUUUUCAAUCCAAAUAGCCAAAUGUUUGUGAACUCUUCUUAUAAAUAAGCAGAGUAUGACUACUGAUUCAUCUUCAGGUUGGUUUAGAGAACAUGUCUGCAAAAAGUAUAGGUGCAGAAGCCCUUAAAGGAUUCAAAGCUAGGUGGCACUUUUUUGGUUCUACCUACAAACUGGAAUCAGCCGGAUGCAGAGUAAGACUGUGGCUGACUAAACGGUGUUUUUCCUUUUUCAUCUGUAGCCAUACACAUUAAUCUCUCUCUAGCUCUCUUUGUGCCUGCAAAUCUGUGCAACAAUUGUAAAAUCAGUAUUUUCUUGAUGUUAUGCAGUGGGCCUUCAUAACUUUGCUUAUGUUUUGGCUGUGUUUUACCCUGGGAUGUGAACAGGAUUCCAGUUGGAGAGAUCUCUUCAAGAAAAGUAUUAGAAAGCAAUUGGCCAAAAUUGGGAUUGAACCAUAGAGUAAGACCUCACAAAACUGUCUGUUAGGAUAUAAUUACAACAUUAAUGUAAUUACAUGCAUAUGAAUACGAAGUAUUAAAAUUACUUAAAAUAGUACAGUAGCAAACUUCGCAUUUUUUUUGUUGCUAGUAAAGUUAUGAAGACUCUUCCAAACAGAAAUCAGCUAUAUGGAUUUUUCUUUGUCUACUCAGGGAAUGUUCUAUUUGGAUAACUACUUUUUUCACAGGGAAAGUAACACCAGAAUUGAGGAAGCAACUGAAACAACUCAGUUCUUAACCCUGCAUGAAAGAAUAUAAUAGUUUAUUUGAAAAGAUGUGGUAUAAUGCUGUAUUUCAUAUGGAAUGUGCACAUGGUGUCUUCUGUAUGCAAACAUUCUACUUCCUACAUUUUGUGCUCCCGACACAGAUUAUUUCCUGUUUCUUGCAACGUGAAUGUGUCUAUGCCUUCUAACAUCCCCACGAUAGCUGUUAACAUUUUGUACAUUACAUCAUCAAGUAUUCCAACCUUCCUGUAUUGGAAGGCUCUUAGUUUAUUCCCUCAUCAUUAUUUAUUAGUGUUCUGCAAUUCUCUUUUCCAGGGCCAAGAUUUCAAGUCAAAGUUAUUUCUUCUAUUCCACAAAUAAACUAGCUGUAUAUGAGAUAAAUAAGAAGGUUCUAAUGUAAUUUCUUUAAGAAGUUCUGAUUUCUUCAGGUGCAUUUGAAAAUCUAAUAGAAAAGUCAAACUUGCAUCAUGUAGUUACUCUCCAACAAUGUAAAUUUCAGUUUUAGUGCUUCAAAUAGUGAUUCAGAAAGACAAGAUCUGUUUUAAAGUGUUAAUUAAUUUUUUCCAGGACAAGCUAGAUAGAACAGCCAUGGAAAACCUGAAAGUACACAGCUGGUUUGAAUAGCUUCAUUUGAGAAGGGCAAAAAGUACACCUAAAGCUCUACUUAAUCUACUGCUUCUGACAUACAAGUAAAACGUAUUUAUAGAACCUUAAA